GCCACCACUGGCACCAAGGAUGCCCCCAACCGCAUGUCGCUCAAGCUCUCCCAUCUGCCGAGCAGGCAGAAGAUCAAGCCUGUGUACCCCCGUUCCCCGUCCGCGAUUGACCCCAACAACCCGCCAUGGCCCGCCUACCGUGGCUACCACGAGUACUCGUUUGCCUACGCGACCAUGGGCCAGCGUCUGCCCACCAUCUUGGGUAAGGGAAUCGAAGACGUCGUCCUCACUCUCAACCAGGAGUACGACGAGGAACGCAUCGUCGACCUCGUGAAGUGCAUCGAGCGCAUGGAUGCUCUCAAGCAAGAGCUGCAGGGUCAGGCCAAGCUCCGCCCCAUCAUCGACGAUGGCGAGGCCGACGUCGCUCUCUGGAACAAGCUCAUUGCAAAGUACUUCCAAGGCAAGACGUUCAUGAACGCACCUUGGCUCUUUGCCGAGGCGUACAAGUACCGUCGUCUGCAGGAGAGCUUCAGUGUCAGCAAACACUGGAAGAACUACGAUGUCUUCUUCCGCCAAAAGUGCGAUACCUUCUCACGCUCGAGCGAGGCGGUCUUCGAACUCUCGAUGCGUUUUGCCGAGCCGUUCACUCUAAGGCCGAACUUGAGUCCUGAAGAACAGCUCGAGGCUGAGCGUUUGAUGUUCCUAGAGCUCACCCAAAUCUGUCUUUGGGGUAACUCAACCGACCUCUCGCUCUUAAUCAACAUGACCGAGGAUCAGAUCAAGUCGCUCCAGUCCACCGGUGGUGACCAUCUCGCUGCGACUGAGAAGAACAUCCUCGGAAACCACAUGAAGCGUCUCUGGGAGACUGUCGUUAACUUGCGUGCGAGCACCGGUGGACGCAUCGACUUCGUUCUCGACAACGCCGGUUUCGAGUUGUACUGUGACUGUGUCUACGCCGACUUCCUCAUCCAAAGCGGCCUUGCCAAGGAGGUUCGCUUCCACGGAAAGCGUUACCCCUGGUUCGUGUCCGACGUGACUAAGAAGGACUGGGAUUGGCUCUUGAAUUCGAUGGUCUACGGCCACCUGUUCCCCAAGGCAAGCCAGGAAGAGAUUGACAGUCUGCGCCGUCUCGGCAUGCGCUGGAAGCAAUACGAGAAGGAGGGCAAAUGGGUGUACGAGCAACAUCCCUUCUGGUGCACGGGUUACACCUUCUGGGAGCUCCACAAUGAGGCCCCUGAUCUGUUCCUCCACCUCUCGCGCUCCGACCUCGUGUUCUUCAAGGGCGACCUGAACCACCGCAAGCUCACCUACGACUGUGCUGCGCCCCCGUCAACCGACUUCGAGAUCGCCAUUGGACCCAUGGCGUCCGCGGCCGGUGCGCCAAGGAUUUGCAGUCUCCGCACCAUCAAGAGCGAUGUCGUCGUCGGCUUCGGUCCCGACGGGGAUGAGCUCGCUGAGAAGCUUGACAAGGAGGAGCCGGGUUGGAAGAUCUCCGGCAAAUACGCUGUCGUCCUCCUGUCCGAGGGUCGUCCCGGCGAGAAGGUCAUGUUCACGUAAGGCGAUCUCCCAGGCAGCCGAGCUGUUACCUUUCGCCAGGACUGUGUACGAUAUCAGAUUUCUUGUAGCGAUGUUGCAUCUUCUCCGGCAGGCCUCGUCAUCUUCAACUCGUCGCGUCUUCCAUGUACGACCUCAUUCCCUGUAUCUUACACCUUUCCUCUUUCUUCCGUGUAGGCUGUAGUAGUCCCAAUAUGACAUGUAGAACCAAUGAUAGAAUCGCCAUACUUCAC